CUGCCGUACAUGAACGGCAACUGUCGUGAAAUGAUGUGAAACGGAAAACAGCGGGCUAGUUUGAAAGGAGGAAAGCAUCUCGGUCGUUAUUGACAACGGUGUGAUUCACUGGCGAAGUUUGUUUCGGCUUUGUAGAGAAAAAAGAUUGGAUAAAUACGUUAUAGUGGAUGGUUAAACAUGCUGUCGGUGAAGCAUGCCGCGGUGUUGUUACGGACUUUACGCUGACAGCUGCCAACAGCAGACAAGAAACGGAAAAUAUGAAUGUUUGUUAAGUGGCUACCGUUAGCAAAGUUAGCUCCGGUAGCGCUGACUAGUGCUGUAACGUCAAAAGGCGCUGCUACAGUGUUAAUAGCUGCCUGGUUAGCAAGUUAUUAUAACAGUCCCAAAAUGUCCUCCAAAGACGAAACUCGUAUCCUGGUAUUGGAGGAACAAGUGAAGAGUUUAUCAGAUGAGUUAAUGCAGUGCCAGGCAGACAAGGAGUUUGUGUGGUCCCUAUGGAAACGCCUUCAAGUGGCAAAUCCAGACUUGACCCAGGCUGUCAGCUUGGUGGUUGAGCGUGAGAAGCACAAAGCUGAAAUUAAGGACAGGAAAGUAUUGGAGAUCCUCCAGUCCAAAGACUACAAGAUUCAGGAGCUGGAACAGAAAGUGACAGGGCAACAGCAGGAGAUUAACAACUUGGGGCAGAGGAGGACGACAGUGGACGAGGAGACUGCCUUAAUGAAGAAGGAGCUGACAGCUCUGCAUGAACAACUGGUCAAUAAGAAUCAGGAACUUAAGGAAAUGAAGAUGGAGUGUGGGAGGAAAGGGGAGGUGGAGCAGCAGGUGGUGCAGGCUCUAGAGGAGGAGAAAGAGGGAUUAACUUCCCGCUGCGCCGCCCUGCGAGCUGACCUGGAGGAGAAAGAGAGGCAGGCCAACAGCCAACGAGACCAGAGGGAUGCUGCCCAGGCCAGAGUCAAGGAGCUGGAGGAGGAGCUACAUAAUGCCAGGCAGGAGUUGUGUAGCUUGCAGAGCUACAGCAGCAGUCUGGCAGGCCAGCUUUCUUCCAAAGAGAGGGAGGUGGCAGCAACAGAGGGGCAACUCAGUCAACUUCGUCAUGAGUUCGCAGAAGUGAAGACUCUAUACAGACAGAGCACAGAGCAUGCAGCAGAGCAGAGCCAUCUGAUCAAGCAACUGGAAGGACUCAACCUAGACACACAAAGAGUCCUGAGGAACCAAGAAGAGGCACAUACUGCUGACAGCACCUCCUAUCAGAGGCUGUACAAGGAAUUGAGUCAGUGCUACCAGGCCCUCGUGUCUAGUGAGGCCAACCUCCGUCAGAGUAACCAGGAGCUCAGCAGCCAGCUGGCUCAGAAAGACCAACAUAUCCUGCAACUCCAGGCCCAGCUACAACAGCAGCAACAGGAGCAAAUACAACUGCAGCAACAACAGCACCUACAGGCUCUAGAGACAACCAUUUACACGUCACCCAACAGACAAACCAACUUUAAGGUGGUGGUGUCAGAACAGGCUGAUGCCAAAGCUCAGAGGUCUAACCCUAACUCUGACCAGGCCUCCACCCGAGCCUCAGAUCCCAGGCCAGAGGACAAGACCCUUCGACAAAGAUCCACCAGUUCCAUCAGAAGACGGCAGGGGGCACCUGUGCAGCGGUCCAGGUCUCUUUCCCCAGCCAACAGUGUGGAGUUGGGUAGUGGGAGGAGAAGAGGAGCGGAACAGAGGAUUGAAGACCUUGAGGAGCUGCUGCAGUUGAAGAUGGAGGAGAAUGAAGAGCUGAGGAGGGCUCAUGACAAACGUCGAGAACGCCUGAGUCUGAUUCAGACCAGCUACAAGACAGUCAGAGAUCAACUGAAAGAGAUGGAAAAAUCAAAUGGCUUGCCAGGUGGAAGGAUGCAGCGUGCAGAGCCGUGGCAGCUAAGACAAGAGAACAGUGAUGCAGUGUGGAAUGAGCUGGCCUACUUGAAAAACCUCACCAGGAAACUCUCCAUUGAAAAAGCCGGCUUGGAAGAGCAGCUGGACAUGCUGCGUGUCCAGGCUGCUAUGGACCGGGCCACGGUGAAGGAGCUCCACCUGUGUCUUGCUAGUGAACACCAAGAAUUGCUUCGCAAAGUGGUAGAAGAGCGCCGGGUCAAAAGCAGCACUCCGAAAAAGACUUCUGUUUCUUCAGAGCGAAUGGAACAGUCAUUUAAAAAGAUUGAGCAGCUGGAGUGGAGGAUGAUGUCCCUGGAGGAGGAGACAGAGAGGCUGAGGGAAGAGAAAGAGCAACUACUUGAGGCCAACGAAGACUUGGCCCUCAAAUGCCACAGACUCCAAGCCUCCUUGGAUCAUCUUCGAACCCAGGAAGCUGUUCGUGAACAGGCAGCCCAGGCCCAGGCCCUGGCCCAAGGGGAAUGGCAUUGCAGCGAGAUCAGGGCUCUAGAAGCCCGGCUGGCUGCUUCUCAGAAAGAGGCUACCAAGCUUCAUCAUCAGUUGCUGAAGCUGAGACAGGAGCUGGGGAUUCUCAGAGCAGCCAGGGACUUCUAUAGAAAACGUGCAGCAGGAACAGUGCGGGCAGGCGGGAUUGCUAGCAACAUUAGCAGCAAGGUCAAAUUCAAAACAACAAGACUCAGAGGUCCACUACGCCAGUGCAGCCACCGAACACUCAGCCCCAAUCAAGCCAUCAGCUGGCAAGUCCACAGCCCCAGUCCCACUAAGGACGAGUGGGAGGACAUGAGCGUAGAUAGUAACAGUGGGGAGGAGUACUCGGACAGUCUCAACAGUGUCCCCUCAGCACCUUACAGACAACAUACUAACAGAAAGGCCUACAGGUGUUCAUUCAUCUCAAACACAGAAGCACCAGCAGCAGAAUCUCACAGAAAACAACCCAGUGUUCUGGCCCAAGACGAUAAACAGCAUGAGCCCUGGGAACGAGGGACGAGAGGAGAGAAAAAGAGGUGGAGGAGGAAGAGGAUGCUGAUGAAGACCCAGCACUGCUCCUCCUCUUCUCUGCAGCAGCGCAUAGAGUCCCUACAGUGUCACAUUGACAUACUGCGAAGUGCCAGGAAAGAUGCUGUGCUUUCAGCCAAAGAGCUGCGAAGGGCCAAUGAGAAAAUCACGGCACAGCUCAACUCUCUCACUGAGAAACUCUCCAGCAGCAAACAGCUCACACAGAAACUGACCUCUGACCUGGCUGUUGUGGAGCAGCAGAAAAAGGAUCUGGAGAUGGAGCUGGAGCAGUGGAGGCAGAUCAAAUUUCUCCAGCAAACUGCACCACCACCAACGGCACCUGUAAAUGCAGACUGUUCCUGUCAGGGCAGAGGCAUGCCCACCCCAACUAACCCUGUCCCCCAGGCCAUGGAGGCUGAGAUCAAACAACUUAAAGCCAAACUUAAGACUGCAAGUGCGGAGGUCACAAGGCAGGUGGCAGCUAACAAAGCCCUGCGAGGCCAACUCCAGGAGAAGGAGGACAAGCUCCAACAGCUGCAGGACAAAGCCAGCCACACAGAGCGAGAUGUGAACAUGAAAAGGCAGUUGGUGGAGGACUUGAAGACAAGACUGAAGUUCCUGCAGGAGAUGGAGAAAAGUUACCGAGGACAGUUGGAUGAGCUGGAGAAGAAGGUGAAGACUUUAUCAGAAGAGGCCACCAAUAGGAAAGCCCUCAUUGAAUCUCUAAAGAGAAGACUGAAUGUGGCAACCACAGAGAAAAACCAGUAUGAGGUCUCCUGUACAAAACUGAAAGAGGACCUGGAAAAAAAGGAGCAGCGCAUGCAUGCCCUACAGGCUCGUGUAGGAGCCAGAGAGCAGGCUUUGGCUGCGCUGGAACAGACAGCCACUGAGCAAAUGGAGGGGUUGACCCAGCAGAGCUCCCAUGCCUUGGACAGGCUUCAGAGACAACUAGGCAAGGCCAACUCCCAGCUGGAGCAGCUUCAUCUUUUCAUCAAGGCUCUGGCCAGUGAAAUACUUUUAGACGUUCAAGAGGUCAAGCAGCAGUUGAUGAAGAGGAGGAGGUUGAGGCAGGCCAGUGCUGUUGCAGUAAAGGGCGGCCUCUCAGCCAAGUCUAUGAUCAAAGCCAAGUCCAUCGCUGCCUCCAUCCUCAAUAUGUCAGAGAAUGAACUCGCAGACAUAAUGGACACUGAUCAGGGAACAGAGGCUCGUUCAGAGAGUCAAAGAGACCAGGAGUGGCUGGACCAGCUAAACCACAUCCUGCAGCAAAUGAUCCCCUCUGCCGGCCAGCUAAUGGAGGCUGUGCGCGUGAAGAUGAAGGAGAGGAAAGUGCUGACAGAAGAGCUGGCCACGCUCACAACACCAGUCAGCGAAAAAGCCUGACUCCCUGGGCUGAGGCUGGGAAAACUGUCAUCCUCUUCUUUUUCUCCCUCCCUCCUUCCCUCCCUCACCGGUUCCUACUCAGUGGGAGCUGGGCCGAGCCAAGCUGGGCCAGGGCAGCACAACCAAUAUUUGUGAGAAAAGCGCUGUCGACUCACUCUGGGCCACUGGCGCAACACAGCAGCACGGCUUUUGUAAAUGAGCUCUCGACAUCUGUGUUAGCGCUCAGUGUACUAUGUCUAUCAGACAUGGCCCUUUCGCACCAAGAUAAUUUACAGUGCAGCCAAUCUUCCCCACUCUCAAUGCAGACCUGGGGUGAUAAGGCAAAUGGUUACGCUAAUGUUUAAGUUAGACUUUUGUUUGGGCUUGUUCGUUUGUUAGUUUUUUUUCUCGUUUUUAAAUCUCUUUUACCUCUCCCCCUAAUUUAUUUGGCACCCCAAGGACCUAAGGGUGCAGGAACUUGACCUAGCAAUGCUAAGCCAACAUUCUGAGAAAGUCGAGAGUGCGGCACAGAGCAGAAUAUUCACUGUAAGAGGUUAGAUCCAUUUAUCAGACCUGAUUACUCUGCUCUCAGAGACCCUAUCCAAUGACUGGAGCUCAGUAUUUAUUUCUGAAAUAAAUUAAUUUUGUUUGAGAUGCUUAAAACUAUAUAAAUUGUUACAGCUUCUACUCUGUAAGUAUUUGUUCUGUUGAUAAUUUAAUAGGCAAUUAUGCUAAAUAUUACU